AUGGUGGACCUCAAUCGUACAGAUGGGAGCUUGCUCAACCUAAGACGACUACUGAACACCAUGACCCUAGAUCCCGAUGUCCGAGAGCUGCUUUUUGCCGACGGUUUCACACUUGCUGUUCACAUAGAAGCAACUCUACGACACUUAAAAUCUUGUUUCAUGGAGG